GGCACAAGUAGGUUUUCGGAUGCAUUCUAAUUUUAACCAAAACAAAAUACAUUUUGUUUGGAAAAUAUUCAGGAUGAGUAAAUCAUUGGAGUCUGUUGUAAAGGAAGAAUUAGGACUUUCAGUGUUGAAGAAGAGUGUAGGACUGGGUGGAGGUGGCUGUAUAAGUCAAGGGUCCACAUAUGACACUGAUAAAUAUGGAAAAGUCUUUAUUAAAGUUAACUCUCAGUCUGGGGCUCGCACAAUGUUUGAGGGAGAGUAUGCAAGUCUUGAGGCACUUGGAAAACCAAACAUUGUCAGAGUACCAAAACCAUAUAAGGUUGUAGAUCAGCCAGGGGGUGGAGCAGCUUUAGUGAUGGAAUAUAUUCAGUUUGGUGGAGGCCUGUCAAAAUAUUCUGCUUUACUCGGCCAGCAGCUGGCAAAGUUACAUUUACACAAUGCGACACUGGAGAAGAAGGAAAAGAAAUCUGAAGGUAGUGUACAUAGAGACGAAUCAGCUGAAGAAUAUGUGAGAAAGUUUGGAUUUCAUAUUAACACAUGUUGUGGGUACAUAGCUAUGGAUAACACAUGGAAGGAUGAUUGGCCAUCAUUCUAUGCUGCUAAAAUAGAAAAACAGAUUUCAAUGAUCGAAAAAAAGGAAGGAGACAGAAAAGCUAGGGAAUUAUGGAACAAAAUUCUUGUAAAAUUUCCGAACUUUUUUGAAGGACUUGACAUUAAACCAGCAAUAGUACAUGGUGAUUUAUGGGGAGGUAAUGCCAGUGAAAAUGAUGAAGGCCCAGUAAUAUUUGACCCUGCCAGUUUCUAUGGUCACUCUGAAUAUGACCUCGGAAUCAGUUAUUUGUUUGGAGGUUUCAACUCUAAGUUUUAUGGUGCUUACCAUGAUGUUAUACCAAAGGCACCAGGAUUUCAGAAGAGAAAAGAACUUUACAAAGCUUUUCAUUAUUUAAAUCAUUGGAAUCAUUUUGGAGGUGGCUACAAAGGUUCAUCCAUAUCAACUUUACAAGCUUGUGUUAAUGCUGUUUAUAAUUAAACAUGUAUUAAUAUUUGUUUUAGCUAUCAGAAAUAAGCUAAUUGAUGUUUGUAUUUAGCUUUAAUGUCACCUGCCCUAACCUUUUAGCUUCAAGCCAGGGGCAGCAAAAACAUGGUUUCGGUUACGUAUGGCAUAACCAAGUUCUGGAUAAUGUUACCUUUGAUAUGAUAAAGCGUAGAAUCCUGGAUAAUUAUAAGCAGUCAUGGUAUGCAGAAAUAAAUAAUUCUCCACGAUUACAAAGCUAUAGUUUAUUUAAACACACUUUUGAACGCGAGACAAAUAUUGAUUACAAGAUAGAAAAUAUAUGACAACUUUAUCAAAAUUUCGGGUAUCUGCACAUAAGCUAUUUCUAGAAUCCGGAAGAUAUACGAAUAUUCCGCGAGAGCAACGGUUAUGUAAGUCCUGUAACAUGAAGAGAGUUGAAACAGAGUUUCACUUUUUGAUGGUGUGUCCUAGAUAUAGAGAGCUUAGAAAAAAGUUUUUAAAGGGAUAUUUCUGUAGGUGGCUGACAAUUAAUAAAUUUGAGUCUUUAUUGAAUUCUAAAUCGAAAAUAGAGCUAUACAACCUUUCGAAGUUUCUAUAUUUUGCAAAUAAAGAGAGAAUAUCUUGAUGAUGUAGUAUCAAUUAAUAUCAUAUUAACAUCUUGAUGUAGUAUCAAUAUCGUAUUUAAGAAAUUUUGUGCAACCUGCUACUUCCUUAGUAUUUUAAGACCUUUCAGGAAAUAGUGUUAUUAUUUUUUCAUUCCAUGUCAGAUCUCAUUUUCAUGAAUGUAUAUAUAUGUUUUGUUUUUGCUAUAAACAUUGUAAUAAUGUUUUAUUCGCAAUAAAGUUAUUUGUAUUGUAUUGCAUUGUAUUGGCCAGGUUAUUUCACAGCCUUUAUAGGCAAGUGAAAUUUUUCCAGAAUUAACUGUAACAUACGGACAAGAUAAGAAAUGACAAGUGAGGAAAAUCAGAUUUUGCUGGCCCUGCAUGCAAGGGUUUCUAGUCCAUCUUAGUGCCAUAGUGUUCAUUUAAUAAGAUUCAUUUAAUUGUUGUAGCCUGUAAUGCUGUUUUUACAACAAUAUGCUAAUGUAUUUGCAUCCAAAAUAGUGCACAUAUUUUGUUGUCAAUAAAAUUUAUUAAUUAUGAUAAAAGAUGUAAAUUAUGUCUAACACUUAUUGUCAGUUACUAAUAUAACCUAAAUAAACUUACAGAAAAGUUGUUAGUACAGGUACAUAAUCCAUGAACAAUACUAGGCUAACUGCCAGAUUGUAGGAAACUGCAAUACUGCCACAAGCAUAAAAUAAUGAGUGAAUUUGCACCUGAAUUGGACUGUUUUACCUAUUUAGAACAUACCCAUGGUGCUUUUCAUAAUAACUUAAUAUAAUAGAAAAUGUACCA